AUGCAUCAGGACGAUGAAGAUAUCUGCCCCGAUGACAACCUGGUGCGCUACGAACCGGUGUACAUUCUGAUGGCCAUGCAGGAUUCAUUCAAUUUGGCGUACUACCAGUCGAAGAUCCUGGCAGUCUCGUUCAUGGCAUAUCAACACGGUCGGAUCCUGCAGGCCCAUAUCCAGAGCAAUACAACCCUGGUGGUUUCCUGCAGCGAAAAAUUCAGUUUCGAGUCUAACGAGGUUGCCCCGACCAAACUCUUAUAUCGCUGGCUGCUUGUGGCUCCUAUCAGCGUCGAACCACGGGAAGCUGCGCCGCCCAAGGACGGACAUAAAUCAUAG